GUAGUAUAUAUAGUCCAUGUAUGAGACGUAUUCCAAAGAGUACAACAGGGUGUGCCGCCACAUUAUUCUUUGAUUUUGUGUUUCAUCUGCAUUUCGAACUACAAAUUCUCUCUCCUCUUUUCUAGGGUUUUCUCUUUCUCUCUUUUAGCUCACCAUGAGUCGUCAUCCUGAAGUAAAAUGGGCAGAGAGGGAAGACAAAGUGUACUUGACAGUGAUGCUGCCUGAUGCAAAAAAUCCAAAGGUUAAUCUGGGGCCUGAAGGAACUUUCACUUUUACUGCUACCGGAGGGGCAGGUGAUCAUGUUUAUGAGCUGAAACUAGAUCUUUUCGACAAGGUCAAUGUAGAGGAAAGCAAAAUUAGUUAUGGAGUCAGAAGUAUAUUCUGUGUUCUGGAGAAGGCAGAGCAGAAAUGGUGGAAUAGGCUUCUGCGUGGAGAAGGUAAGCCUCCACAUUACGUGAAGAUUGAUUGGGAUAAGUGGGCUGAUGAAGAUGAAGAUACUGGUGCUGGUAAUGGUACUGGUGGUCCAGCAGACUUUGAUCUUGGUGGAAUGGACUUCUCGAAAUUCGGAGAUUUUGGUGGUGCUGGUGCUGGUGGUGAUGAAUUUGAUGACAGUGAUGAUGAUGAGCAAGAAGUGUCAAAACCAGAAGAGCAAGGCGCUGAUUUAGCAGCAUCUUUAAAGGAGCUUGAGAAGCUUAAGGAAGCAGCUGUUGCAGAGAAGACUGAAGCAUCGAGUGCAUGAGGUGCAUAGUAGAGGAUAAGCAGCCCAGCCAGAUAAUGGGCUGUUAUAUUAGUGGUUUGUGGCAGGGACUGAGCAGUCUCUUCGUCUUUGAAGUAUUUGCUUCUGUAUUUUGGGAGUGGGACAGAUUUUAUGUUUGCAGUCCUUUUCCCUGGAGUCUGGCAGCUGCAGGCCUACCCAGGUUCUUCUGAAGCAUACAUAGUUGGAAUUUUAGGCUGUCUAGAUAUUUGUUCUGUUCAUGACUGCUGGUUUUCGAUCCUUGUUCACAAAUACUUUGGAAUUCUCUUGGAUUUUAAUGGUUAAUGUGAUUAUUAUCUCUA